GGACUUCCGCUACGGAACUCCUCCGCAUCCUGAUUGGUGUAAUGAUGAGCUAUGAACAUAUAAAAGUGGUCUUUUGCGUCGACUUCAAAGAACACCUACACAUAUCUUCCUACAAUUGUUUCCAAUUCAGUAACUUCACAACAUGUCGUCUUCCAUCAAGCCCAUCAAGAUCUACGGCAAGCACGGCCCCAACCCGCCCAAGGUGCGCAUGGUCGUCGAGGAGCUCGGUCUCCCAUAUGAUCUCGAGGAUGUCCAAUUCGCCGAUAUUAAGAAGCCCGACUUCCUAAAGAUCAACCCCAACGGCCGCAUGCCAGCUAUCUACGACCCGAACAACGACUUGACGCUCUGGGAGUCUGGCGCAAUCCUUGAAUACAUCACCGAGAAGUACGACACGGAGAACAAGAUUAGCUUCGCGCAGGGAAGCGACGAGUACUACCUAGCCAAGCAAUGGCUCGCUUUCCAGAUCUCCGGCCAAGGUCCAUACUACGGCCAGGCAGUCUGGUUCACCAAAUUCCAUUCCGAGAUGAUCGAGAGCGUACAGAAGCGAUACUACGACGAGAUCAAGAGGGUGACCAACGUAUUGGAGACCCAUCUCAAGACACAGCCUAAGGGCCAGGACGGACCAUGGCUCGUGGGAGGGAAGUUCUCGUAUGUCGAUUUGGCCUUUGUGCCGUGGCAAAACAUCCUUUCCUCCUACUUGGAGGGCAAGGUGGAUACGAGCGAGUUCACGGCCGUGGCGGAGUGGCUGGGAAGGCUUAAGAGCCGCCCUGCGAUCAAGAAGGUCUGUGAGGACCCGUAGAUGGCUUAGAGAGGAGGUGCUUUGUGAAAUAAAUAGUAGAUAAGAUAUAAUUACUACUUGUAACAGGCAUAUCUGUCCCGCUCGAUGACGUCACCGUCAAAAACAGCGUAGAGCUUGUCUUUCGCUG